AUGGACGAAGAAGCGGUAGAAUUGGAUUGGACUAAAAGGGUUAAUAUCAUUAAAGGUGUAGCCCAGGCUCUAGCUUACUUGCACCAUGACUGCUCACCCCCAAUCAUUCAUCGAGACAUAUCAAGCAACAAUAUUUUGUUGGAUUUAGACUUUGAGCCUCAUGUCUCAGAUUUCAGCAUUAGUAGAUUUCUAAAGCUUGAUUCAUCUCAUUGGACAACUCUUGCAGGAACAUAUGGAUAUUUUGCACCAGAACUUGCUUACACAAUGAGGGUGACUGAAAAAUGUGAUGCCUAUAGCUUUGGUGUGUUAACAUUUGAAGUGAUGAUGGGAAAGCAUCCAGGAGAACUAAUCCCCACUUUGUCAUCAUUAUCCUUUUCAUUGCCAUUUGUUGAACAAAACAUACUAUUGAAGGAUAUAAUUGACCAGCGCAUCUCACCCCCCAUAAAUCAAGUUGCUGAGAAAUUGGCUUCGAUUAUGAAGUUGGCAUCUUCUUGUUUGCAUGCAAAUCCACAAUCUCGGCCAACCAUGCAACAUGUGUCAAGAGCUAUCAAUUUGCAGUGUUUCCCAAAGCAACUCUACACAUUGAAUCUUGAGAUGUGAAUUUAGUCAAAGAGAUGAAGAAUUUGUGUUGUUUAAGCCCGUUCACCCUUUUCCUUCUUGUGUGCCUAGUAUGUUGUGAAGAAGGCGGUUUGUUUGUCAUGCAUUUUAAACACAUUAUUGUGAAAAUUCC